AUGAGUAGCAAAGAGGAAGAAUAUGAAUCUUCUAGUGAAGAUGAGUAUGGACCAGCGCCAGCGCCUGUAGUCAAGAGGAAAAAGACCGGUAGGUAUACAGACUGUUUCUUUAUCCCUUGUACAGUUGAAUUCAAUGAUGAUCUCUAUUUGAGGCAUUUACCGUGCGCCAAUUUCUAUGAAAAGAGCUAUACGCAUAAGACAUUUAUCAAACAUGUCAUUGCAAGCCCAUCUACUCGUUAUAUUGCCACUGGAAGUGAUGAUGGGUCUAUAAAAUUUUGGUAUUAUGACAAGGAUGGUGUACAAUUUGUCAAACAUUUGAGCGCCCAUACAAGCUCAAUAAUACAGAUGCGUUCAUCUGCUGAUGGAUUCCAUCUGGGAUGUAUAUCAUAUGAUAAAACUUAUAAACACAUUGAUUUCUCAUCAUUUGAUUUGAUCAAUAUCAUCAACCUCGGUUUUGUACCUCUCUCGCUCGAAUUCGCCACUCCUCAUGGAGCUCCUCAUCCAAUUGUCUUAAUAGCGGAGAAUGGCACUCAAAAGAUACAUGUAUUCAAACCGACCCUGGAAUCGACAGCGAUUAAGACUGUUGAAAUAACUACAAUGAGUCCGCACAUAAUGUUAUACAAUAGCGUUACUGGAGUUUGUCUUUCUGCAAAUUCUUCUGGAGACGUUGAUAUUUUCGAUGCGGAAACAUUCAAAUUUCCCAAAAAAGCAGAUUUUGGAAUAUCGAUGAAAAGUGAUACAGAUUUGUAUGAAUUCAGAAAGUGUAGCACAUAUGUUGUCUCAAUGUCUCUUUCUCCCAAUGCGCAGUUUCUGGCUACAUACUGUCAUGACGGAAUGAUUAGGAUAUUUAGAUGCUCUACUAUGAAACUAUACAGGGUCUAUGAUGAAACUGUUUCAAUGUAUUCUGCUGCCCAGACAGAUUCUAAACUCUCUGUACUUCAUUUUGACCCGGUAGACUUCCCAAAGAGAAGAGCAUGUGAAGGUGAAAUUGCCAAAUCUGGCAAGGACGAGAUUGAAUAUACAAAUGUACUCUUUGAUGCUUCGUCCAACUACUUGAUUUAUCCAUCAAUGCUUGGAAUUAAAGUGGUAAAUUUGGUUACUAACAAGCUCGUGCGGGUCAUUGGGAAAUCGGAGGCAUCGUUGAGAUACAUGAAAAUUGCAUGUUUGCAAGGCAUCUUUAACAAAGUGUUCAAGAUAUCAAAGUCAAAUGAACAGUUGUUGCCACCGGUUUUAAUUUCUACUGCAUUCCAAAAAUCUAGGAUAUACAUUUUCACAACACGUGAUCCAGAUGACGAAGAAAUGGAAAAAAGAGACGUAUAUAAUGACAAAAUUACUCAGGACCAGGAAAUUCAACAAAUUGACAAAGGCGGUAAAUUGGCGCGGGAAGCCACAAUCCACACGAGCGUAGGCGAUAUCCACGUGAAGCUUUUCCUUGAUGAAUGCAAAAGGACUGUAGAAAACUUCACUGUACAUGCGCUAAACGGAUACUACAAUGGGUGCAUAUUUCACAGGGUGAUUAAGAAUUUUAUGAUCCAGGGAGGUGACCCUAACGGAGACGGAACGGGAGGAGAAUCGAUAUGGGGAACUGAGUUUGAGGAUGAGAUUCACCCAUCCCUAAAGCAUGACAGAGCCUUUACUCUUUCCAUGGCCAACGCUGGUCCAAACACCAACGGAUCCCAAUUCUUCAUCACAACUGUUCCAUGCCCAUGGUUAGAUGGUAAACACACUGUAUUUGGACGCGUGACAAGUGGUAUGGAGACCGUCCAACUCAUUGAGAGGGUGAGCGCCUUAGUGUCAAAUAAAGCAUGUAUGCAGGUUCCAACCAACAGUGACGAUAAACCACUUGAUGACAUUCGAAUUUUAAACAUUAAGGCAAUUCUAUAA